AACUUGUCAGAAGUGUAGUGUUCUCCUGAGUGCAGAGCAGGCGCCAUGUGUGUGACACCGGGCACAGGUGCUGGCACAGCUGCAGACUGGGAGGUGUGCUGGGGUGGAGACCAGUGAGCAGCCCCAUUCCAGUAUGGGAUACAGGCGCAGUACUGGGACAGCAGAGCACACACUCCACACAAGCAUCUUCAUCAUGGGGACCGUGGGCAAGAAGAAGGGCAUCCAUAGACCUGCACAUGGCUGUACCACUAUUCCUAGACUGGCGCUGGAAUUGAAGCAAAUCAUCCAUUGCACCUCGCAUCCCAAACUUCCCCAGGUCACCCCCAUACGGGUGAUGAUGCCUCUAGGACAGCUUAUCAAGGGGGCCAGCUUGGACGAACUGAUCCAGAUGUGCAUUCAAACUUUUGAUUCUGAUGGAAAUGUUUGCCAGGGCAGUGAGCUGGUACAAAUCAUGCUGACCAUGCAUGGCUUCCUGAUUCCCUCAGCAGACCUGCUCAACAAGCUCAGGAAACUAUAUGAGGAGGCUUUGGAGAAGAGGUCACUGAUGUUCUGCAGAAAAAUCUGCUACUUUGUGAGGUAUUGGAUCACAGAACUUUGGACCAUGUUUAAAACAGACAUGCGACUAACUCAGACCAUGGAAGACUUCCAAGAGAUGGUGCAAGUACAUGGCGAAGAGUCACACCGGCAUCUUCUGGACGUUGCGCAAAUAAACUCUCGGGAGUGGUCAAGAAAGCUGACACAAAGAAUAAAGUCAAACUGCAGCAAGAAGAGGAAGGUCUCCCUUCUCUUUGACCACCUGGAGCCACAAGAACUUGCAGAACACUUGACUUAUCUUGAAUUUAAAUCAUUCCGCAGAAUUUCUUUUUCUGACUAUCAAAACUACAUUGUGAAUGGUUGUGUGAAAGACAAUCCCACAAUGGAACGGUCAAUUGCUCUCUGCAAUGGGAUCUCUCAGUGGGUUCAACUGAUGGUCUUGAGCCGACCAACUCCCCAGUUACGAGCUGAAGUUCUCACCAAGUUCAUUCAUGUGGCUCAGAAACUUCAGCAGCUGCAGAAUUUUAACACUUUGAUGGCCAUCAUUGGAGGUCUUUGUCACAGCUCUAUAUCUAGGCUUAAGGAGACCAGUUCUCACGUUUCCCAUGAUGUGCACAAGGUCCUCAGUGAAAUGACAGAGCUCCUGUCCUCCUGUAGAAAUUAUGAUAAUUACAGGAGAGUAUACAACGAGUGCAGCAGCUUUAAGAUUCCCAUCCUUGGGGUGCAUCUCAAAGAUCUCAUUUCUCUUUAUGAGGCCAUGCCUGACUUUCUGGAUGAGAAGAAAAUCAAUGUGCCCAAGCUGCAUUCCAUGUACAACCACAUCAAUGAGCUCAUCCAGCUCCAAAACAUUGCUCCCCCGCUGGAUGCCAAUAUGGAUCUUGUACAUCUGCUUACACUUUCCUUGGACUUGUAUUACACAGAAGAUGAAAUGUAUGAGUUGUCUUAUGCAAGGGAACCAAGGAAUCACCGGGCUCCGCCUGUCACCCCCUCCAAACCCCCAGUUGUCGCAGAUUGGGCAUCCGGUGUCGCCCCUAAACCAGACCCCAAAACCAUCAGCAAACAUGUGCAGAGGAUGGUAGAUUCUGUAUUUAAAAACUACGAUCUGGACCAGGAUGGAUAUAUAUCCCAAGACGAAUUUGAGAAGAUUGCUGCUAGCUUCCCCUUUUCUUUCUGCAUCAUGGAUAAGGACAGGGAGGGUCAGAUCAGCAGGCAAGAAAUCACAGCAUAUUUCAUGCGCGCCAGCUCCAUAUGUUCAAAACUGGGACUGGGUUUCCUCCAUAACUUCCAGGAGACCACAUACCUCCGUCCAACGUUUUGUGACAACUGUGCAGGAUUUCUUUGGGGCGUGAUUAAACAAGGAUACCGCUGCAAAGACUGCGGGAUGAACUGCCACAAGCAAUGUAAAGAGCUGGUUGUGUUUGAAUGUAAGAAGAGGUCGAAGAGUGCCACUGGGGACAGCAGUUUGUCAGUGGACUCCGGACAGACUGACGUUUCACUGGCCAACGGCAAGGGGAUGACUAAUGACUGUGAGGAUUCAUUUCCUUAUACAAAUGGUGAAGUAAAUGACCAUACAGAAAUCAACAAGGACAGAACAAUUAUGUUGAUGGGAAGCUCGGCUCAGACGAUCUCUGUACGGUUACAACAAGCUGUGAAACAUCGCGCUACACAGACAGAUGACUGCCCUCCCAGUCCGUCCUUACAGAUUCCUUCCAUGCACCGGAGCCAUACACCAGAUCCCCUUUUAAACCGCAGCCCAUCUCCUUGUCCCAGUCCGAUGUUAAUAAGGAAGCGGGCGUAUGCCAAGUGGGAUAAUACAGACUCUGUUCGCAAAGCACGAGAGGAGAGACGAGGUAUUAGACCCACAACCAAAGAAUUGGACAAAGAGAGAUCAUAUCUGAAGGAGGAAAACACAAGUCUGAGGAUCCAGCUUAAAGAUGCGCAGCGUCGAAUAGAAGCCUUGCGAGCAGAACUCAAAAAAUACGUUCUGGAUAGUGAGCCUGUUGGGAAGGGAUCAUAGCACUAGAGACUGGAAACCUGCAUUGCCAAGUAUUGUAAAGAUAAUGACUACUCCACAGCAGAUGAGGAUGCUUGCGGAUCCCUGUGGAUGGAGUCCAGUGUGGUAAAUCCCAGUGCCUGCUCUUAGUGGGUAGCUUAGCAGGCGAUCUCUGUGUUGUACUGUAUAGAGUGGCAUAUGCGCAGUAUUCACAUUGUUUUCAGAAGGGGCACUUGGCAACUCUCAUCAUUAAACAUUCUUUAGGAAGCCUACUGCCGCACAUUACUAGGUAAUGUUUUGGAAGGAGACGUGUUAAGUUUCCCUUUAUCUACCUGUGCCCUAUACGUAUGCUUUGUUUAUCCCUGCCCCGCUGGCAGCAGAGGUGGAGGGUGGCACCAUGCUCACGUUCACAGCUGCUGCAACAAUGGACACAAAUAUUUAAAUCUCAGUUUGGUCACUAAGACAAAGCCGCGCUGUAUGUUUCAGGCCACUCUUCAUCGUCCAUGCUGAUUACAUUGGGUAACGUGUUAGAUCUGUAUGACUGGAACACGGGGCUGAUUGGCCAUAGACCCUACAGGGAAGUUUACAGGUGGGCCGAUGCCUAGGAGGGCCAUCCAAGUCCUCCUCAUGGCCACGGGCUAGGUACAUAGUGAUCUGAUUCUCUCCUACACACCUGGCCAGCAGCCGAAGGUGUCCUCCUGAAUUCAACUGUAUCUAUGUCUGCAGGACAACGAUACAGUUGAAUGCUGUUCAGCAGGUGGCACUAUUGUGUGCUGCACUGUGGUAUUUAGCUCAGCUGGGGCAGUAUGAUGCUCUGCACUAUGGCAUUGCUGGCCCUGCCUUAUUAUGUUGCCCCGCCUUCUUUCAGUUUGGACCUACCUAUAACAUGGGGCACUUUUACAUUUUUCCAGGGCCACAUUUAGUUCCCAAUCCGCCCCUGCUGGAACAGGAUUUAAAGCAUAACUCCAGGAAGCUGAGAUUUGGAGUGCUUUUUAUUUCAGAUCAGAGACCUACGUUAGCCUACAGCUAUGACACGGAAGAAGCAAGCUGAUCAUAGUGAACUGGCUUACCAAACAGUAUGUACGAUAGGUUGAACUAGAUAGAGACCAAAGGUAAGCAAACUGUGCCUCUUCAGUAGUCUUAGUUCAGGAUAGCAGAUUUGGCUGCGAUCUGUAGUCCCCCCAAAGUGUGGGGUGGCAAUAAGGUUGGUUUGGAGCAGGGGUCAGGAACCUUCGCACGCCAGCUGUUGUGAAACGACAACUCCCAGCAUGCACAUUCGCCCAACUGUUCUCCGAGAUCGAAUAGUAUAGAAUGGAGCAUGCUGGAAGUUGUUCUUUCAAAACAUCAGGAAUGCCGAAGGUGGCAGAUACCCAGUUUAGAGUUCCUCCUAGAAAGGUAGGUCAUCGCCAAGCAAUAAAAUAAAAAGCCAUAUAAAAGCAAAUGUAAAUUGGGUAUGAGACCAUUCCACCUACCAGUGGUCCUGUAUAGAUGUAGAUUUCCAGAGUCAGUCUCACCAUUAGCUGUUAGGGUGUAACUUACGUGAAUAGCUGCGUGACUGGGACACCUUCCUUCCAUUGCUGCUACUCUCUCUGUAUUAGGUGCAUAACCUUCUAUGUAAAUUUUGUACAGGAUUUUUUUGUAUUUGUGUCUGUUAUUUAAAUGCAUUAUUCUGGUUCCACAAAGUGAGUGUUAAACAGGUCAGAGGAUUUCUGGAACCGUUCUUCUGGGGAGGGAACUAGAGAUGUCAAUCUGAUGUUAAUAAAAAGAGAAAUUGAGCGGUU